AUGGCUCUUAGGUUCUUUUCCAUCGCCAUUGUUGUUAUGGCUUUGGCAUCUUCAUUUGCCAAUGCUUCAGAUCCCAAUCCCUUGCAGGAUUUCUGUGUUGCAAUUGAUGAUCCCCACCAUGUUUUGUUCGUGAAUGGAAGGUUUUGCAAGAAUCCGGAUGAUGUCAAUGCUGAUGACUUCCUUUUUCGGGGUCUUAAUAAACCUGGAAACACGUCGAAUCCACUCGGGUCUAAGGUUACGGCUGUGAAUGUUAACAAUUUCCCGGGACUAAAUACUCUUGGCAUUUCAAUAGCUCGUAUUGAUUUUGCACCCUACGGUCUCAACCCUCCCCACACCCACCCUAGAGCAACUGAAGUCCUCGUUGUCUUGGAAGGCACCCUCUACGUUGGGUUCGUUCUUUCUAAUCCACCACCAGGAAUGAAGAAUAAGCUUUUUGCUAAGAUAUUACAUCCCGGAGAUGUUUAUAUAUUCCCACAAGGUCUCAUUCAUUUCCAGUUGAACGUAGGAAAGUCCAACGCCGUUGCAUUUGCUAGUUUAAGCAGUCAAAAUCCAGGAGUGAUUACAAUUGCCAAUGCGGUAUUCGGUUCUGAUCCACCAAUCAGCCUAGAUGUUCUCACCAAAGCAUUCCAAGUUGAUGACAAAGUGAUUAAAUAUCUCCAAUCACGAUUUUGGUAUGAUAACAACUAG